AUGUUUUAUUUAACGCAUAAAGACUUUUGGAGAAACAUGGGUUCUAAUAAAGAAGAAUCGAAAAAAAUUUUUGACCUUUAUUAUGAGAAGGGUGGAAAUUUCUUUGAUACCGCCUGUACUUAUAAUAAUGGUGAAAGUGAACGUUUCCUUGGAGAUUAUAUUUCCGAUAAACGAUCCGAUGUUGUGAUUGCAACAAAAUAUUCGUGUAAUAUGACUGUUAUGCAAAAGGAUAAGAGAUUCAAUCCGAAUCUCGGAGGAAAUCAUCGAAAGAGUCUUGUAGAAAAUUUAGAUGGUAGCUUGAAACGAUUGAACAUGAGUUACGUUGAUAUUCUAUAUGUUCAUGUUUAUGAGUAUCGAACUCCAAUUGAAGAAUAUAUGAGAUCAUUAGAUGACAUCGUUCGAAGUGGAAAGGCUUUGUACGUUGCCGUAAGCGAUAUUCCAGCUUGGGCACUUUCUCGUUCAAAUACUCUUGCCGAAUUACGUGGAUGGAGCCCUUUCAUCGGACUUCAAUCGCGCUAUAAUUUGUUGGAUCGUUCAUUAGAAUUUGACUUACAACCAGCUUGUGCUGAACAUGAAGUUGGAAUUAUUCCAUGGGCUAUCUUAGCAGAAGGUUUUCUUACCGGAAAAUAUACGAGAGAAUCAACCAAAACUCAAUCAAGUACAAACCUUGGUGACGAAUCGAAAAUGAUGGAAGAAUAUCGCAGUCUAUCAGUUCAAAAUCAUUCAAGAUAUGAAAAAAAUUGGGAGAUUUUAGAUAAAGUUAUUGCUAUUUCAAAAGAAAUUAACAGAUCUCCUGUUCAGGUUGCCACGAAUUGGAUUCAACAAAAACCUGGUAUUACUUCUCCUAUUAUUGGUGCUAAAACAGUUACUCAACUCGAAGAAAAUCUUAAAUCACUUGAAUUCAAAUUGACACCUGAACAAAUGAAAAGACUCGAUGAU